AUGUACUUUGUUUUAGUAACACCACUUCUAGAAGUUGCGGGAUUACCGGGGCCGCCAGGUAUGCAAGGCAUGAAAGGUUUGCCAGGUGAAGGAGCAAAAGGAGUUAUAGGGGAGAAAGGAAAUACAGGAAUAGUCGGUACUGCAGGAAUGAAAGGAACAAAGGGUUUUCAGGGUACAAGGGGCCAGAGAGGUGAUCGAGGUAAAACAGGAAGUCAGGGAUUGGCGGGGAGACCUGGUGCUCCAGGACUAAAGGGACUAAAGGGUUUUAAAGGAAACAAAGGAUUUAAAGGUAAUAAGGGAAUGCAAAACAAUGGACAGAAAGGACAGAAAGGAAAGAAAGGUUACAAAGGACAGAAAGGGAAUAAAGGUUACAUGGGACAAAUAGGAGAAAAGGGAUUCAAAGGAUUGAAAGGACACAAAGGAUACAAAGGACAAAAGGGAUAUAAAGGCUUUAAAGGAGAAAAAGGCUUUAAAGGCGAAAAGGGAAAAAAGGGCGCGAAAGGAUACAAAGGGCAAAAAGGAUAUAAAGGCUUGAAGGGAAAAAAAGGAUUCAAAGGCUACAAAGGACAAAAGGGAUCAAAAGGACAUAAAGGAAUGAAAGGAAACAAAGGAAUCAAAGGAGAUAAAGGAUACAAAGGUUAUAAAGGUAAGAAAGGAUUCAAAGGUUACAAAGGUCAAAAAGGAAAUAAAGGGUAUAAAGGAAUGAAAGGUAACAAAGGAAUGAAAGGACGAAAAGGAUUGAAGGGAUACAAAGGCCAGAAAGGUUAUAAAGGUUUCAAAGGACAGAAAGGAUAUAAGGGGAUAAAAGGUAUCAAAGGAGCAAAAGGCACAAAAGGAUAUAAAGGACAUAAAGGACAAAAAGGAAAUAAAGGUCACAAAGGAAAUAAAGGAUUAAAUGGUAAUAAAGGACAAAAAGGAUUCAAAGGAUAUAAAGGACAAAAAGGAUAUAAAGGAAGCAAAGGAAUAAAAGGCUAUAAAGGCUACAAAGGACAAAAAGGUGCUAAAGGACAGAAAGGGUACAUUGGAAGCAAAGGGUUGAAGGGAUACAAAGGAUACAAAGGACAAAAGGGAUACAAAGGUGGCAAAGGGGAAAAAGGUUAUAAGGGUAUCAAAGGUCAUAAAGGAUACAAAGGAAACAAAGGUACCAAAGGAUUAAAAGGAUACAAGGGACAAAAAGGAACUAAGGGGUAUAAAGGACAAAAGGGAUACAAAGGUGGAAAAGGACAAAAAGGUUAUAAAGGUUAUAAGGGUCGUAAAGGUUAUAAAGGUUUUGUGGGACAGAAAGGGAGCAAAGGCUAUAAAGGAAACAAAGGAAACAAAGGUCAAAAAGGAGAAAAAGGAUAUAAAGGGUUAAAAGGACAGAAAGGAUACAAAGGUUAUAAGGGACAGAAAGGUUACAAGGGUAAUAAAGGAAUGAAAGGUUAUAAAGGUUAUAAAGGGCAAAUAGGAAAUAAAGGUAACAAGGGACAAAAAGGGAACAAAGGAUACAAAGGAACGAAGGGAAUUAAAGGUAACAAAGGACAAAAGGGUUACAAAGGUUACAAAGGACAAAAGGGUAAUAAAGGAUACAAAGGGCAAAAGGGCAACAAAGGAUACAAAGGAAUGAAAGGAUACAAAGGAAGUAAAGGUCAAAAAGGAUAUAAAGGAAACAAAGGACUAAAAGGUUAUAAAGGCGGAAAAGGACAAAAGGGAUAUAAAGGAUAUAAGGGAAUAAACGGAAAAAAAGGUCACAAAGGACAAAAGGGACUUAAAGGAUAUAAAGGGAUUAAAGGAUAUAAAGGUUACAAAGGACAUAAGGGAUAUAAGGGCAACAAAGGAAUAACAGGAUCUAAAGGUAUACAAGGACAAAAAGGGUCAAAAGGAGUUAAGGGACAGAAAGGAUAUAAAGGCAACAAAGGAACUAAGGGAUACAAAGGCAAGAAAGGCCAAAAAGGAUACAAAGGAUACAAAGGACAAAAAGGUGUUAAAGGAUUCAAAGGACUGAAAGGUUAUAAAGGUAAUAAAGGACAGAAGGGAUAUAAGGGAAGCAAGGGAAAGAAAGGUUACAAGGGAUACAAAGGAGUGAAAGGAUUAAAAGGAAACAAGGGUCAGAAGGGAUACAAAGGCUUUAAAGGCCAAAAAGGAGUUAAAGGAUACAAAGGUCAGAAAGGAUACAAGGGUUAUAAGGGAACAAAAGGAUACCAAGGUUUCAAGGGACAGAAAGGGAACAAAGGGAACAAAGGAGAAAAAGGAUAUAAAGGAAAUAAAGGAAUGAAGGGAUACAAAGGAUACAAAGGACAAAAGGGAAUGAAAGGUUACAAAGGGCAAAAAGGUUUCAAAGGUUACAAGGGUCAAAAGGGAUAUAAAGGCACCAAAGGCACAAAAGGUUAUAAAGGAUAUAAAGGACAAAAAGGAUAUAAAGGUAACAAAGGACAGAAAGGAUCGAAAGGUUACAAAGGACAGAAGGGAUACAAGGGAAACAAAGGAAUUAAAGGAUAUAAAGGAAAUAAAGGACAAAAAGGACUUAAAGGAAAAAAAGGUAAUAAAGGCUUCGAAGGACAAAAAGGUUACAAAGGCUUUAAAGGACAAAAAGCAAACAAAGGAUACAAAGGAACUAAGGGAUUAAAAGGUGUCAAAGGUCAAAAAGGCUAUAAAGGUUACAAAGGUCAAAAAGGAUAUAAGGGUAAUAAAGGAGUGAAAGGCAAUAAAGGAUAUAAAGGACAAAAAGGAAAUAAAGGAUUUAAAGGCAAUAAAGGAGAAAAGGGCAAUAAAGGUAUCAAAGGAUAUAAGGGUGUCAAAGGAAUGAAAGGAAAUAAAGGAUAUAAAGGAUUUAAGGGACAGAAAGGUUACAAAGGUCAAAAAGGAUACAUGGGCGAUAAAGGUUACAAAGGACAAAAAGGUUUUAAGGGACUGAAAGGAAACCUAGGAGAUUUAGGGAAAAAAGGACAAAAAGGAACUAAAGGAGCAAAAGGCAAAUCUGGUUUAGUCGGGGAAGAAGGUGUUCAAGGACCGCGAGUUUCAAUUUUUUAA